UGAGGGUCGGACCGCAUAUCUUAUCGAUAAGUCCGCGGUCACACUGGAUGUAAAACGCAUUAAAUUAAUAGCCCCCCUCCCCCCGAUAGCCGUGUAAAUAAAUAAAUUUAGCUUCGCGUGUGGUCCUAUGUCCUAUGCGAGGUUCAUAUUAGGAAAAAAAAGCGGCUGCUGCAGGAGUAACUGAAAUGACAAGGUGGCAGUGAGCGUGAACUACCUGUCCGACCCGACCGACCAUCGCCUGGUGGGGGUGUCGUCUCUUCUCUCCUCUCUCUGCCGUCUGUCUCUCUCUCGCACGCGUUGCAUUGGAAGGAGGGGGAUGGUUAAUGUUACGAACGUCGUAUCGAAGUGAAUCACAUUUUGAGCAAUAAUCGCAAAUCAUGUACCAAAGCGCCUGCAAUGCGGCCACAACGGGCUCUUGUGUCCCUGGAGCAGGCAAUCAGACCGAUAACGAACGGCAGUCGGCAUUGAUUGCCCAGCAACCACCCACCGCCCCAGUGGAGCCCGAUUACAGUGGCUUCGAUAUCGUUAAGGCCACCCAGUACGGCGCCAUAGCCAGGGUCCGGGAGCUGGUCGAGUCUGGUUGGGAUGUGAACCAGCCGGAUAGCGAGACGGUCACCCUCCUCCAUUGGGCGGCGAUCAACAAUCGACGAGAUAUCAUCAGGUACUUCCUGGAGAAGGGCGCCACCGUUGAUGCCGUUGGGGGUGAGCUGAAUGCCACGCCCCUGCACUGGGCUACCAGACAGGGCCACCUGGGUGCCGUAGUCCUGCUCAUGGCCGCCGGGGCCGAUCCACGGAUCCGGGAUGCGGAGGGCUGCUCCUGCAUACACAUUGCAGCUCAGUUCGCCCACACCGCUCUGGUGGCGUACUUCAUAGCCAAGGGGGUGGAUCCAGAUCUACAGGAUCGGGGAGGAAUGACGGCGCUCAUGUGGGCAGCAUGGAAGGUCUGCGCCCUGGAUCCCGUGCGCCUGCUGCUCACCCUUGGAGCCAAUCCCGCCAUGGUUGACUACACGCAUGGCAACACGGCCUUGCAUUGGGCCAUCCUGGCACGCAAUGCCACCGCCAUUUCCACACUGGUGCUCAAGUCGAAGGCCUCACUGGACGUGCCCAAUAUGCGGGGAGAGACGCCGCUCACGAUGCUCGAGUCUCAGACGGGCGCCAUCUGGAUCGGGGCCAAGGUAAUGGAUCGCGUGCGAGAGGCGGCGCUCACCUCACAGCAGCGACGCUCGCUGGUGUCCAAGCUGCGGCACGACAAACGCUUGCGAUGGUGGUCAAUGGUGGCCUGCCCCUUCACCGCCUUCUAUCUGGCAGGGAUCGUGUUCACCCUGAACACGCUGUAUAUCAUUAAGUUUUUCCUGCUCGGCUGCUUGUACGGCAUAUUCCACACGAUUGGUAAGACCCUCUUCGAUGAGCACCUGAUGGCUCUGCUCCCGUUGAGCGUUUACCUGGCCACCAAGGCGUGGUUCUAUGUCACCUGGCUGAUGUAUAUCGAUGAUGCUGUCUCCCUAACGGCCACUGUAUGCUUCCUCAUCUGCUCCCUGAUAUUGUGGGUGUGCUUCCUCAAGUCGUGGAAGGGAGAUCCGGGCAUCAUCCGACCAACCAGGGAACAGCGAUUCAAGACCAUCAUUGAGCUAUCGGAACGGGGUGGCAUUGGUUUUGAGCCCGCCUCCUUUUGCUCCGGCUGCCUGGUGAGGCGACCCAUACGCUCCAAGCACUGUUCGGUAUGCGAUCGAUGUGUGGCAAGGUUCGAUCAUCAUUGCCCCUGGGUGGGCAACUGCAUUGGGCUGAAGAAUCACAGCUACUUCAUGGGAUUCCUUUGGAUGCUCCUGAUCAUGUGCGUCUGGAUGCUGUAUGGCGGCUCCAAGUACUACGUGAAUCAGUGCAAUGUGCACUUUGAUGACUUCCUUGGGGCGAUGCGGGCCAUUGGCAACUGCAAUGCCUGGGUGGGCUGGGUGAUGGGCAAUGCCCUGCUCCACAUGUCCUGGGUGAUUCUGCUGACCAUUUGCCAGACAUAUCAGGUGAUUUGCUUGGGCAUGACCACCAAUGAGCGCAUGAAUCGGGGUCGCUAUCGUCACUUCCAGGCCAAGGGCGGACACAGCCCAUUCACGCGCGGCCCCAUACAGAAUCUAAUUGACUUUUUGGAGUGCAGCUGCUUUGGCCUGGUGCAGCCGAAGCGUGUGGACUGGAUGAACUACUACGACUAUGAUGCCCAUGUGCAUCAGACCAUCGAGAAGGAGCCGCUGCUCAGCGUUGACUGCCCGGACGGGAUGGGUGGGGAUCAUCAGUAUGUGUAGGAUAAGUCCUAUCGGGAUGCGAAGACGCUUCAAAUGCCCAUAGCGCAUGUCUAACAACGGAAUUGCUUUCGAAAACAAACAGCAACAGCUUCUUCUCUCCCCAAUCCCCAAACUCCAUCCCCAUUCCCAUCCCCAUCCCGUAUGAUUUCCGGAAAACCCUUGUAAUUGGUACGCUCUGCUGCAAACUAUACAACAAAAAAUAGAACCAAUGAUUCACAAAUGAAUUCUACAAACAAAACCAGAAGACAGACAGAAGCGUCAUUGCCGACCGAUAUCGGAUAUUGGAUGGACGAGAGUGGUUUAUGGGGGGAGUGCCCCCACCCCCCACAUACAUACGUACAUAUUAAUGAAUGUAUUACUGUAAUUACUCUGUACAUUUCUGCAUAUUAAUUCUGCAUCUUACACACAAACUACACUUCGAUAAUAAGCUGAAAGUAAUCAAGAACCGACACGGAUUUUGUCCCUCUCAAGUAUUUGUAAUACCAAAAAACAGAAACAGAAAUGCAAGCAAACAAAAGAAAACGUAUGAAAAGAAACACCGAACAAAUGCAAUACCUAAUCUGAUACAUAAAUGCAAAACGAAUCAAAACAAAAUAUUGUUUUAAGCGUGCAAUAUGCAAGAUUCCAAUUCAAAUAAUACGAUAUUGACAAAUUUGUAAAGCGCACACCACACCACAAAAAAAAAAACAAAAAGAGAACACCAAAAGAACUUUAUACGAGUAGAUAUCUCAAGCAAGCAAAAAAACAAAAAGAAAAAUAGGUAAACAAAAAUCCAUUUGUAUUCUCUCUGAGGCUGAAACCUGUGCGAAGUUUCCCUCUCUGGGGGGGGAGUGGAGUCUUAAAUUAUUAGGAAAAUGUAAAGUUUUAGUCCAAAGUGUAGUUUAUUUGGGUAUUUGUAUUUUGGUUCGAUUGGGGGACUGCAACAGCGGACAGGCUCUCUAGAUUUUGUGGAAACUUCGCAUAUGGGAAGGCUACCACCACCACAAAAGUUUACAAUCAAUCGAUGACUCCCAAGGCCCCUAGCAUACUUGGAUAACAAAUUCUAAAUGCGAUCCAAUUCUAAUAAAAUAAUGCACUAGUCUAGUCAGAAAAUCAUUUAAGUGAAUUUUUUAAGUGCAACAGCAGCCACAAAAUCGAUACAAAAUAUUGCGUAUAUACCAAUAUCUAUAUAUAUAUAUAUAUGUAGCUAUGAAAUUAAAUAUUUAUAUUUCUAAUGUAUGCAACUCUUACACGGGGAAAAAGAUGAAUUUCAGCAACCUGAGAACACGCAAAAAUAACGAUCUGUUUCGCAACACGUUACUUAAAUGCAUUUAAAAUUAAUUCAAACGAUAUCUACAGCAGCAAAUCUAUUGUUGAAUCCUUCAAACAAACAAAAACAUUUUCAACUAUUGUAUGUACUAGAAAAUAUUGAUAUAGAAAAACACAAUAACUUUUUCAAUGUAUUUUAUAUUUGAGAUUAUACAAAACGACGAUGACGAGGACGACGACGACGACGACGUCGACGUCGAUGAUGAUCAAACGAUCAGAAGAUGAUGAUGGAGCGCCGAUCACAGUGCGAUUUGCUAUGAAAGUUAUUUGUUUAGAAUUGAUUUUUGUAUAUGCUUCGCGCUCGUUUGGUAAAAGCUUUGAAAAGACUACAAAUAA